AUGUUCCAGUCAUGCACUCAAUUAACAAGCAUUAAUGUUAAUUCAUCUAGUAAGAGUUUCGCUGCUGAUGCAGGAAUUGUAUAUAAUAAAGCAUAUACAAAAGCAAUUGCAUGCAUUGGUGGAAUUACAAAGGUAUCAUUGAGAACUGAAUGCACUUCAAAUGGAGAUUAUUGCUUUUAUCAGUGUACCUUAUUAACAUCUGUCAUAUUGAAUGAAGGUUUAUUAACAAUUGGAACUUAUUCAUUUUACGCUACAAACUUCACAGAAAUUAAUUUUACAUCAACAAUUAAAUCAUUGGGAUCAUAUUGUUUUUAUAAAUCAUUAUUAGCAAAUGUAACAAUAAAUGGAGGUGGACCAGCUACUAUUUCUACAUUUGCGUUUGAUUUAACGAAAAUUACAGAAAUACAUUUUGGAAUAAAUUUAGCGUCACUUGGAUCCUAUGCAUUUUAUUCAACUCCUCUAACUACAAUAACUUUUGAUCCUGAUUGUCCAUUAUCAAGCAUACCAUCAAUAACAUUUUAUCUCUGUACUAAAUUAGUUUCAAUUGAAAUUCCUAAAAAUGUUUUGACGAUGUAUGAUAGAUGCUUCUAUUAUACAUCAUCUUUAAAGAAUGUAACCUUUUCUGAAGGUUCGAAACUAUAUUAUAUUGAUUCACAGGUGUUCUUACAGUCAUCAAUUGCAUUAAUUAUAUUACCUUCAUCAUUAACUUCUCUUGGAGCAAAUUGCUUUAGUUCUUGUACAAAACUUGUCAACGUCACAUUUGAAACUGGCAUUAAUUUAACGACUUUAGGUGGUGGUGUUUUUAAAUCAUGUACUUCAUUAAAAAAUAUUACAAUACCUGCUUCUGUUACAACAUUUGAUGCAUCAGCUUUUAUAUAUUGUACAAGUUUAACUGAUAUUAUCGUUGAAUCCAAUAAUGAAAACUAUACAAGUUAUAAUGGAAUUGUAUACACAAAAGAUAAAGAAAAGCUUGUUUGUUGUCCAGGUGGGAAAACAACUGCAUUAGUAUUCAAUUACAUUUUGGUUAUUGGAUCCAAUGCAUUUUAUGGAUGUUCAAAGCUUCAAAACUUAUCAUUUGAAGAUGGUUGUCAUUUAGAAACAAUAGAAGACGGAACCUUUUAUUCAUGCACCGCACUGGUUAGAGUUGAUCUCCCAACAUCACUUCAAACUGUUAAGCAGAAUGCAUUUCAAGGAUGCACAAAACUGGCAAUAAUAACUUUUCCUGAUUAUUCACUUGCAAAUUUAGCUGCUGAUUCAAUAUUUGCUGAUUGUUCAUCCCUGACAACUUUUACUUUUGGUAAAUAUUGUGCUCUAACCGCAUUUGGAUCAAAUAUAUUCUCAAAUUGUGUUAAGCUUGCAACAAUUGUUAUUCCUGCAAAUUGUUCAUCGAUUGGUGAUGGUGCGUUUUCAAACUGUGUAGCACUUUCGAAUAUAACUUUUGAAUCAAAUUCGCAUAUGACAUCUCUAAGUAAUACUGCGUUUUCUGGCUGUACUGCAUUGCUCAAUUAUACAGUUCCUGAUUCAUUUACACAAAUAAAUUCAUCAUGUUUCGGUGGGGCAACAGCUAUUACAAUUGUAAAUAUAGCACCAGGGUUAUCAAUUACAAAGAUAGCAUCGAAUGCAUUUUCAGCAUUUCCUCUUAAAUACAUUAAUUUUGGAAAGGGAACUACUGUUUCAAAAAUAGACGAUUCUGCAUUUUUGAAUCGAUUAAUAUCUUCUUUUCAAAUGGACUCUCCAAUGAUAAUUUCAAGCAAUGCUCUUAAAGGGUGUACAAAAUUAACUUAA